GUGUAAAUGGAAUUAUGACCUAGAGUGAUUAUUACAAUGGAAGAAAUCAAUAAUUUCAAGACACCAAGCAAAUUAUCAGAAAAAAGAAAAUCUGCAUUAUGUUCAACUCCAUGUAUAAAUAUUCCUGCCUCUCCAUUUAUGCAGAAGCUUGGCUAUGGCACCGGGGUGAAUGUCUACCUUAUGAAAAGAUCUCCAAGAGGCUUGUCCCAUUCUCCUUGGGCUGUGAAAAAGAUUAAUUCUAGAUGUAAUGGUCAUUAUCAAAGUAUGUACCAAAAGAGACUAACUGAUGAAGCUAAGAUUUUGAAAAACCUUCAUCAUCCAAACAUCAUAGGUUAUCGUGCUUUCACUGAAGCCAAUGAUGGUAGUCUAUGUCUUGCUAUGGAAUAUGGGGGUGAAAAGUCUCUAAAUGACUUAAUAGAAGAACGAGGUAAAGACUGCCACGGUCCUUUUCCAGCAGCCAUAAUUUUAAAAGUUGCUUUGAACAUGGCAAGAGGGUUAAAGUAUCUGCACCAAGAUAAGAAAUUGCUUCAUGGAGACAUAAAAUCUUCAAAUGUUGUAAUUAAAGGUGAUUUUGAAACAAUUAAAAUUUGUGAUGUAGGAGUCUCUCUACCAUUGGAUGAAAAUAUGACAGUGACUGACCCUGAGGCCUAUUAUAUUGGCACUGAGCCUUGGAAACCCAAGGAAGCUUUGGAGGACAAUGGUAUUAUUACUGACAAGGCAGACAUAUUUGCCUUUGGCCUUACUCUGUGGGAGAUGAUGACUUUAUCUAUUCCACACAUCACUCUUUCAGAUGAUGGAAAUGAAGAUAAAACAUUUGAUGAAAGUGACUUCGAUGAUGAAGCAUACUAUGCAGCUUUGGGAACUAGGCCACCUGUUAAUAUGGAAGAACUGGAUGAAACAUACCAGAAAGUAAUUGAGCUCUUCUCUGUAUGCACUAAUGAAGAGGCUAAAGAUCGUCCUUCUGCUGCGCACAUUGUUGAAGCUUUGGAAGUAGAUGUCUAGUAAUGUCAUAUUCAUAACUAGCUGAGCUUCAAGUAUGGCUCAUGUAUGU